AUGGCCAACUUUGAUUCUACAGGCAAGUCUGCCAAUCAGCUUCGUGGGGAACUUUCGAGCUGCUCAUACUUAUCUGAGACUUAUGAUCUACUAGAGGCACCAAUGCAGCCUCUUGACAAAAAGCAGCAAACUCGGCUUUGGCAGCAAAAUCAAUAUCUUGCUGAUUCCGGUAUCCAGUCUGCGUUAACUACUCAUACUCCCAGUAUUAAUAGCAAGGGGAACCUGGAUGAAAUUGAACCUGAAGAAAGCAUCUUGAGCCAGGCCUCCGGCCCUUAUGUUCCCGCUUGGUCAUCCAGUGGACCCAUGUCCGUCUAUCCAUCAGAAUCGUGCCUACUAUCCCCUGGUACUCCAAGUGCUAGUAGCAUCAUUGGGAUGGAUCAUAAUAGUGAAGUCACCGGCAUGACCUGCUCCAGAUCCGAUGCAACGAUGGAUAUAAGGGGAAAUAAAAUAUCCGAUCUCGACACCGAUGAGGCUGAAAAUGCUAUUCCUGAACUCGUGCGGCUCAUCAAAGAUGAGGAUGAUAAAUUUGUAAUCUAUCAGGCCUCUACAAUGGUGUUUCAUCUAAGCAAGUCAGAGGCUAUCGAUGCUUUGAUUCAGUCCAAGGAAAUGAUUUCGUGCAUCCUUUCGGCACUAGACCCUACCGGUGAUCCUGAGACUGUCAGACUUCUAGCUGGUACACUCUACAACAUGUCGCAAACUCAAACUGGUCUCAAGGAAAUUUUUCUUGCUAAUUGUGUACCUUGCCUCGUGGGACUUCUUAACUCCCCUGUUGAAUCUGUCUUGUUUUACGCCAUCACGACUCUUCAUAACCUUUUGCUUCAUCAAGAAGGCGCAAAAGCGGUUGUGCGGCAGAGUGGAUGCCUGCAGAAACUGACGUCUUUACUGCAGAAGAACAACAUAAAGUUCCUUACCAUUUGCACUGACUGUCUGCAAAUUCUUGCCUACAGCCAUCAGGAGAGCAAACUCCAGAUUCUUGCCGGAGGUGGUCCUACUGAGCUCAUUCGCAUUCUAAACACCUACCAAUACGAGAAGCUACUUUGGACCACUGCACGUGUUUUGAAGGUUCUCAGUGUCUGUACUUCGAACAAGCCAGUGAUAAUCGAAGCUGGAGGCAUGGAGGCUUUGGCAAAACACUUGAAUAACACUAGCUCUCGUCUGGUGCUUAAUUGUCUGUGGACGCUACGGAACCUCUCUGAUGCCGCCACCAAACUGAAUGACCUCCAACCCAUCCUUCAGACGGUUGUUCAACUCCUCGGCAGCAAUGACCUGAACAUCGUUACUUGCGCUGCUGGAAUCCUCUCUAAUCUCACAUGUAAUAACAGUGCCAACAAGUUGAUUGUAUAUAGGAGAGGAGGUCUACGCGGCCUGUUGCACGCACUUGGACAUUGUCACGCAAAGGAGGAGAUCCUGGAGCCCAGUAUGUGUGCACUGCGUCACCUAACAAGUCGACACGAAGAGGAGGAGAAGGCGCGUAAUGAGUUUGUCACCCUACUCGGUGGCCACAUCCCUGUGGCCCAUGUUCUGCACGCUGCGACGGCUGGUGUAUGUCCGGAGCUCGGCCUUGUCUGUCAACCGCCACAUAAUCCCCUCACUUCGUGGACUCUUAUCAAGGCGGUGGUGGGUCUGUUACGAAAUCUCUCCAUGAAUGUCGACAAUCACCGGCCUAUGCUAGAGGCGGGGAUCGUCGCCGGCCUUUCUGUCCUCCUCUACGCCACCCAGUACGAAAUCUCCAAGCGCAAAGCCGCAGCGCAGCGCAAUGGCAACGGAGCCGCCCUUAGUGGGUCCCAGACGAUGGUUCACAACGUGCGUUUGGAGGAGAUAAUAGAGGGAAUCUGCGUAGCCAUGCAUAUGCUUUCGAGGGAACCUGGCACUCGUCUCCAUCUUUCGAGGUUCAGGGCUCCAACGCUGAACUGUCCGGGGUUCUCAUCUGGCGGCCCGUGCACUCCGGGCCUUACAAUAUUUGUCCACCUGUUGUGUACCUCCACCAACGAAUCGGUGCACCGCGCGGCGUUGGGUGUGCUGGCGGAGGUGGCGCAGGACCGCGACUCUCUCGACGCCAUCGCUUCGGUGCCGGGUAUCUCGACUCGCCUUAACGAGCUGGCGGGCUCGCGCAACGAGGCCAUUUCUACCUACGCGGGCACCCUCAUCCUCCGCCUUACCGCACCCUCCGCCGCCACCGUACUGCCAUCCACCGAGGAUGCCUUGACAGGGCACAGCAAGGUGGUGGUAGACAGCCUUACCACCCCACCGCCUCCACCCCUCCCUAUGGACACGAGUGGUGGUGGUGGAGGGCGCAUAUCUCCCGUCACCGCGUCCGCUUGCUUUCCUCCCCAACCACUCUUUCACCAGCACCACGGCCAACCUAUGACUUACGCUGCCCCACCACCACAGCAGCAAGCGCCGUCGGUCCAGCGGUACGCCCCAGGGGGAUACCAUUACUCUGGUGAGGCUGUGGCAGGACCUGGUGGUGGUGGGGUUGGGGGCAGUGGUGGUUCCCUAAUGGCUAUGGUGGGACCUCCGCCCCCCGCCUCAGUUUACUCUGUUAGUGGGAGUGGACCCUGCCCCAUGAGCGUCCAGUCGAUGCCUCCGCAGCAGCAUCCACACUGCUACCAACAACAGCCCAUGAAUGAAGCUGCCUACCCACAGCGUUCAUGGGGCAACGGUCCCUACGCCUCUGAUCCGCAAGGCCGUCCGCUGUAUGCGAAUACAAUGGCGCCUCACCACCCCCCACCAACACAACAACAACAGGAGACGCUGUACGGACCGCCGGGAAUGGGCUAUCCUCCGCCCUCAGGUAGUGUGCGGGGUAUGCCACCAGCCUACCACCACAGAGGCAGCCCGGCUACUGCAGGUUAUUACGCGGGCGGCUACAACAUUGAGCCGCAGCAGCCGCCACCGCAGGCUGGUCCUAUGACGUCACCAAAUCCGCGCGCUUGUUAUCCCACCAACACCCCAUCCUCGAUGGACACUACCACCAGCACCAGCGGUUACACCAGCCCUGGAACUGCAGGUCGAAUGGCCCUCGGUGACGACUUCAUGACUGGCGCGCCAGUCCUUGACGGUGGGGUAAAACCAUCGGCCAAUCCUUCGACGCCCACAUCGUCAGGUGCACCGCCCGACCACCGCUGGUUUUCGUCGGCCCAAAUGUGCCUGCCCUGA